CAAGUAUCACAGACGACGCUGCUCUGUUCACACGCUCUGUUCGGGCAACGCUGCUCUGCUCUGUUCGCUGUUGUUGCCUGUGUUCUGUUGCGUUAGCCAGUUUAUUCGCAAUCGCAGCAACGUGCAAGGCGGCCGCGCGUGAUAAUAUUCUCAAGUUCAAUACAAGUAUUUUCGGCAUGCGUUAAGAAGAAACGAAGGCGCGUAAGGCGAACAGCCAACAGCCAACGGCAAACAACAACAAAUUGAGCAAUAAAUACAAAACAAAUGCAAAUGCGACGCGUGUAUGAGUUUUUACGAGUGCAUUAGUAUGUGUAACUGUGUCUGUGAGUGAGUGUGACAAAAAAAAAUAAAAACAACGCGCUGAUUAAAGGCUUAUUUCGGCUUUAACCAAAUCAACAACAGCAACAACAAUUGCACCAGCAACAUAAAAUAUUCCCAAAAAAAAAAGAAACCGGCGCAAAAGACGCUAAAGCAACAAUUCAACAAAUCUCAACAACAACAACACAAAAUUAAUAAUCAUCAUAAAAAAGAAAAACAACAACAAAUACAAAUAUAGAUUUUUGCUGAUAUUGCAAGCAGUUCAGCAAAAAGGUGCGAGUUUAAUCAUAUUAAACAAAAGAAAUGUAGACCGGCGGGACCAACAAAAUCGCAACAAUUUCUGCAACCGCGAAUGUCACUCCUAGGGAAGCCGCUCAAUUAUAAUCGCGGCACACAUCGCCGCGAUGCGCGCUACCGGCGGAUGCAAAGUCGACUCUACAAUUUCCUGGAGCGACCGCGGGGCCUGCAUGCAAUAUUCUAUCAUGUGAUGGUUUUUCUGAUGGUGUUCACAUGUCUCGCACUGAGCGUGUUUUCCACCAUCAAGGAGUACGAGGAGGACGCUGUGUAUAUAUUAUUUCGCAUGGAGAUCAUAGUCGUCAUCUGGUUCACCAUGGAGUUCGGAGCGAGACUUUGGUCUUCGGGCUGUCGCUCCCGCUACCAAGGAACACUGGGGCGACUCAAGUUUAUCAAGCAACCAUUUUGUAUUAUAGAUAUUAUCACCAUAUUAGCCUCAAUUGUAGUAUUAGGCAUGGGCACCUCUGGCCAGGUGUUUGCCACAAGUGCGUUGCGUGGCCUGCGAUUCUUUCAGAUACUUCGCAUGGUGCGCAUGGAUCGACGUGGCGGCACCUGGAAGCUGCUCGGCUCGGUUGUAUACGCACAUAGACAGGAGCUCAUCACUACUAUGUAUAUUGGAUUCUUAGGCCUAAUCUUUGCAUCAUUCCUAGUUUACAUGUGGGAGAAGGACGUCAACGAUAAGUUCAACAAUUUCGCCCAGGCGCUUUGGUGGGGCGUGAUUACGCUGUGCACCGUUGGCUAUGGCGACAUGGUGCCCAUCACCUGGCAGGGCAAAUUGAUAGCCUCCUGCUGUGCUCUAUUGGGCAUAUCCUUCUUUGCGCUGCCUGCGGGCAUUCUGGGCAGCGGCUUUGCGUUGAAGGUGCAACAACAGCAGCGGCAGAAGCACAUGAUACGGCGUCGUCAGCCGGCGGCAACACUCAUCCAGGCCGUCUGGCGUUGCUAUGCGGCCGAUGAGCAUUCCGUUUCAAUUGCCACCUGGAAGAUACAUCAGGUGGCUCUACCAAGUCCGCCCGCCUCUUCUGAAAACUGGGAGCGAUUAUUAAAAAACAUAACCGAAUAUAGACGGGCCUCAUCCAGUUUUAAGCACAACACAUCCUUCGUCGCCCGCCUGCCGACGAUAAGGCGUCACAAGAGCCAGACAAUCCAGACGCCUGGUGGCGAUGGCUCAACGCUGUCCAAGCCACCUGGCUCAUCACGUGCCUCCACUCGCUACACUCGCACCAUACGCGACAUCAACGCAUCUGUGGAGAAUCUGGCAAAGUCCACGCCGUUGCCUUCUGAUUUGGCCAAUUGCAAGCACAGCUCCAGUUUGGGCACAGUGCCAACAACAACAACAACAACAACUGCAACAACAACAACAACUUCGACUGCAGCUGAGCCGCAAGCUAAGCCCAAGGCUGUGGCUAGCUCUAAUACGUUGACCAUACCCGUUGUGCUCUGCGGUUUCCUGCACGGUGACUUCUUUGGCUCCACAUUCUCGCUGCGUAAUCCACGCGUGACGCCAUCGCCCGAUCUGGAGGCGGGCCACAUCCAGCAGCAGCCGGUGGAGGGGGCGGAGGAAAAGCCACAGCCACAGCCAAGUCCGAAUCCGAGUCCAAGUCCGAGCGGACGUACGGGUCGAUUUUUUGCGGCUGCCUCGCAUUUUCUGGAGACGGGCUCGUUGCAAGGACGCACGGAGCCGCAUGGCGCAUUUUAUGUGGCAAAUGAGGAUGAGGAGCCGCGUUGCACGCAGCUGACAAAUCGUCACAAGAUCGCCAUACGCUUUAUACGCAAGCUCAAGUACUUUGUUGCACGCCGCAAGUUUAAGGAGGCUUUGAAGCCAUACGAUGUCAAAGAUGUCAUGGAGCAAUAUGCGGCAGGUCAUGUGGAUCUGCUGGGUCGCGUCAAAAUGCUGCACUUGCGACUUGACCAAAUACUGGGCAAACAAGGCUCCAAGGCGAAGGACGUGUACGCCUCGAAGAUCAGUUUAGCCUCGCGUGUGGUUAAGGUCGAGCGUCAGGUGGUGGACAUUGAGGAGAAAUUGGAUAUUCUCAUCAAGGCCUAUAUGGAGGAUCGUGAUAGAUUCUUAGCGCUUCCGUUGCCCGCAAAUCCGAAACCCAAAAUACAUUCCAUUAGCCCUAGUCACAGUCACCAGCUGCAUCACAACGCACACAAUCAGAACAUGAUCGAUGUGUGGAAGCGAACAGCGACGCUCAGCGUGCAUCCCGAGCUGGUGACGACCGGCGCAUCCUCGUCGGCGGCCUCCUCAGUGGAUCGCCUGGACAGCAAUGAGACGGCGCUGACCUCCACGCAGACGGCAACCAUAACAACGGAUGCGAUUGCCACACAAACACCAAUGCCGCAUACACAGCAUACAGCGACCAAUACUAAGUCUUCCGUGCUUAACUCAUAUCAGCUACCGCCUGAGAAGCAACAGCACAAUGAUGUAUUUAUGACUGAUUUAGAGAAUAGAACUAAAAAACGCGUUACUUUAAGCCUGCAUAGAUCCACAUCGGAGCCAUAUAGCAAACACGAGCAGCGCAUUAAUAUGCCAGAUGAGGGCGCACAAUCCUUGGAUUCCAGUGCGAAGCCAACGCCGCCAGAUAGUUCAAUUAUCCUUAUCGAUGAGUACGAGGACUUCGAGGAGGAGGAUCUGAACUGCGAGGGCGAGAUGGAGCAUUUCCCAUCGUGGGAGAUUGACAGCGACAUUGGCGCCGAUGGCAUGGAUGUCGAUCCUGAUGGUGACUGUGAUGAGUCCACGGAGGACACGGCUCUCCUGCAAUGCGCCACGCGCACCGCCAUUGUCAUAACACCAAUUAGCCCAGUAAGCUCCGCACUCAAUCUUCAAAGUUUGAAUGACCAAACAACAACGCUUAAUAAAUCAAAUUUGCUUCCGCCAGAUUCUGGUUAGUUAAAAUGCAAUUGAAGUUAGUCGAUAUGUAAUAUCUAUUAUAUUAAUAAUAAUAAUAAUUAUUAUGAUAGCUACAAUAAUAAUAUCUGUAAGACGAGCGUGCACUCAUCAUCGAGUGCA